AUGGCCCUCCUAAACCCGACCUUCCUACUCGGCGUUGUCGUCCUCUUGUACCUAUCGUCAUUUGUCCUCUUCGCCGUUAUUCGAAUCCUCACCGGCAUUUCCAUCCAGCGAAUAGGUUACCUCUCUCUGCGAAGACUCGCCUACACCCCUAAGGAUGGCUGUACCGUCGAGAUUCGCGGCCUGGGCCUGCAUAUCCAUCGACCAACCUUUGCGCAGCCUACGUGGCUAAGUAUCGUCUUGAACGAGCUUGUUGUCACUUUAAACGUGCAGGAGCUGGAGGGAAACAAGUCCACCGAGAGUCCCGAGGAGUCUGUAACCAGCAGCGAAUCCGAGUCCAACAAGCCUCCUCCCCCCACCGAGCGCCCCUCGAUGCGACAAGAUGCCGAUACCCCCCCCCGACGCGAUCCUUGGAGACAGCUCUCGAAAAUCAAAGAGAGGAUCAAAAGGAUUCAUCGCAUGGUCAAAUGGCUACGGAUGAUUGAUGUUGUUGCGACCAACUCUACUAUCCACGUUGUCGAUGUAGGCAAUGUUCAAGUCGGCAGCAUCACCCUGGCAGUCGACACACGAAACAAGAAGGUCGACCGGGCUAGAUUUUUCCAUCAAAAGUCGAACUACUACAAACAUGGGCAUCAGGCUGAGUGGAUUGUGACCGUACGAAGUGUUCUCUUCACAGCUGAUGGCAACGAGUCUUUGGAAAUCUUGGAUAAUGCGCUGCUUAAUGUGCAUGGCUUUCUCCAUCACUCUAGAGAGGGCCUGCGUGACGCGACUGUGGCACUUAAACUUGGCCGUGUUCACAUUCCAUACGACGAUUUGGAGCUAUGUAUCUCGCAUUACAAUCGAUGUCGCAGGCGUGCCACCUCCUUUUACGAACCGAAAGACUCCUUCGACGUCUCUAUCCGGGCUCCGCGGCAACGAUCAGAUAUCGAAGAAAAGGAUGAAUUGGGGGAAGAGACCCCGAAGGCCGCACCCGGGUCACACGACUUCUUCAACUCUAUCCUUCACGGAAUCAAGGAAAUACAAUUCGCCGUCAGCUUCAUUAGCAUCAACAGGAGAGCGCAUUCGGUGCAACCACACGCUCAACCUGUGUUGCUUAGCGCUUCUAUGAAGGAAUUUGGUGUUGAUCUCCACAGAUUAGAUCCAAAGUCGCCUUCGCACAGAAUGUACUUCCCUUCCAAGGACGUUGCCCACGAAGGACUUGCUGCAGCCCUUUCAUUGUCUGUAGGCAUUGACGAUGGCAACGGAAGACCAGAACGCCUUCUGUACAUCCCCAUGGCCACGACGACAAUUCGCACAACUCUGCCCUCCAAAACAGUACAGCUCUCAGACGACAACCACGGGAGCGUGGAAGAGAAGAAUGCCAACAUUUUGUUCGCCAACUCUGUCGUCACCUCGCCUUCAGUUGACCUUGAUCCAGCACACCUUCCACUUCUGAUUGCGUUAUUGCAAUCCAAGCCCAAGCCUCCGAGAGCGAGUCGAGAUUCGCGCAGCAAUCUCAUGUCACGAUUUUUGCCUAAGGCCAACAUGAAGUUCUCAAUGCAUGAACCUGUUAUCCGCAUUAAACUCAAGACACUCGAGAAAACCGAUGACCCGGACGACUUUGACCUCAUUAUAUCUUCCAUAUCAUCCAUUUCUCUUGACGUUGAGUCGUCUCACUCUCCGCUCGAGGAUAUGCAUUAUUCUUUGGACGGUGCUAUGCGAAUUCAAUCACAUCAACUAUACUACCAUACCCAUUCUGGAGCAAGAUUCAACCUCAUUACCACUGAAGCAACGGAACUCAAAGUGCACCUUGCAGCUAACCCAGACGUAUCCGUCGAAAUCAAUGGCGUCAUUCAGUCACUUGCAAUAAGCAUGGUUCGGCCAGAAAUCACCGACGGGAUCCACCAAAUCAUUCGUCAACUUCGCAUGGACGUUGAGCCUGAAAAGCGAACCACCCCCAAGAGUGUCAAGUACAGGAAUGUACUACGUCGAGCGCCAGACUGGCUCCUUCGGUGCCAUCUUGAAGCGAAAGACUUUAAUUUUGAAGUUGCGGGCAUCGACGAAGACAUCUCAGAUGACACUCGUGGCGUAUCGUUGCACCUUGAUACCAUCGCUGCAGAGUACCGCGCCCACCGCUUGGAUGGAUUGCAUCGUCGUUUGCCUAGGAGAAGAACCCACAGUCGAUCCAUUACACAGUCUGAUUCCGACAUCACACCAUCCUCGUCGCCACGCAUUAGACGUAAGGGUCAAACGCAUGGCGACGGAAGAAGGUUAUCGUUCAACGUUAAAGGACUGGAGGCGCAGAUUAUGGAAAGCAAUGACCGGCUGGAAGUCGAGCCCUUUGUGAACAUCCCUCGUCUGGAGGUGCUGCUUUCCGCUGCGAGCGAUAGCCAUGGGCCUAUGUUUAACGUGCAGGUAUCGGUUCGGACAAUAAUGAUGCAAUACUCGCUGUUCCGUCAUUACUCGGUUGGUGUUGCUGGACUGACUCUGAGAAAGGCCUUCAUGAGGUCUGGACGAGAAGCGCCGCGAGCUCAUGAGCCAUCACACUUCAGAGCGAACCGCUUGGCCCUGCCGAGCCGCUCGGGCGGAGACCCGUCAACCACAACACCAGAGUUGGUUAUUCUGGACGUUAAGGCUGCUCUGGUGCAGCUGAAGGCGGAGAUGCCGCAUGAUCCUCUCGUCAUGCUGCGCGUGUAUGGCCUCGAGGCUGGACGACACAGGUGGUCAACCCCGUAUAUGACCUCAACCCUGGUCCGCCUCUAUGUUCAACCUCCAAGAAUGCGGAAUGUUUGGGCUCGCAUGGUUGGCAUCAAAUCAGGUCGCCUUGAUUUGCGAGAAACUCGACACAAGACUGCGAAUGGACCUGUUGUUGAAGAGCGGCUUAUUGACGUCUCCACGGAAGCAAUUCGAAUUGCGGUGCCGCACGAAGUCAUUGUCGCUCGCAUCAGUGACAAUAUCGUCAAUGUUGUCAAAUCCGUCCAGCAACUUCACCAUCGCUUCAAGACUGGGACGAAUGAAUAUAUUCUCGAGAAAAAGCCAGAGGCGCCCAAACGUGUUCCAAAGAUUGCUGUGCGCUCGCGCAACUUUCUCUUCGAAAUCGAAGAUGGAGCUUUUGAAUGGAAGUUGGGCAUGAUCUACCGCGCUGGCCGCCAGGAGCAGGUGCAGCGCCUAGCUCGUGAGGAAGCAUUUAACCUGAAGAUCAAGAAAGUGCAGGAGGAAGAAGCACGAAGAGGUGGUAGCAAACUCCGAUCUCGAUCUACAUUCGCGCGUGGCCGGGUCGAUACCAGUUCCUCAACAUCUUGGUUCCGAAAUCGAAGUGCAGAUCCUUAUCGCCCUGACCGCAGAACACGUUCGCCACGUCGGGGCGGUAUACCCACGUACGACCCAGAAGGCGGAAACCGAACCGUCAGUGGUGAUGCAAAGGUCAGCGAAUCUGAUGCUCGAGCUCACCUGGACAUGUUCAAUGCCCAAUCAUGGAAGAAAAGGAUUGAUCAAGCAUGUCGCAUGUCUCAAGAUAGCAUUCGUGAGCUUCGAGAUACCUUCUGGGGGCCUAACCACCUCCCUGACGACAUUCAAGAAACCGAGAAUAUAUUGGAAGUGCCCCCAAGGCCUGCUCUCAUGUCGACAAUGAUUUCGGACUUACAAGUUGUGGUUGAUAAGCCAACGUUUGCUAUGAAAGAUCUCCCGGAGUUCCUUUUCAAAGUUGGCAAGGGGAUGCCUCGUGACAUGAAAUAUGGUCUUUUGGUACCUAUGCACAUUGCAAUCAACAUGAACGAGGCCAGAGUGACCUUGCGAGACUAUCCACUUCCAGUGUUGCACAUUCCGUGUCUCAAGUCUGGCCAAUCCUCGAGACAACCUUCUGUUUCCCUCAAGACAAACUUUGUUCUGGCAGAAGAAUUCCGUGGUGUUGAGUCAACAAGGCGAGUCCGCGUCAAUGUUGUGCCACCAAAGACCACUGAUCCUACUGCUUCUAAUGAGGGUGGCUUUGCGAUCGAAGUUCGACGAACAAUGGGUCCUGUAAAGUCCUUCACGGAUGUUUCGAUGGAUAUCAACACGGCCUUGCCUACCCGAAUUACCUGGAGUCCUUGCUAUCAGCCUGCUAUUCAAGACAUGAUGAUGGCUAUUGAAUCGUUUACCAAACCCCCAAUUGACCCAUCUGAGAAAGUUGGUUUCUGGGACAAACUGAGACUCAAUUUCCAUUCUCGAAUCCAUGUAGCUUGGAAAGGUGACGGUGAUGUUCACUUGGCACUCAAGGGAACUCGUGACCCUUACCAAGUUACCGGAAAUGGCGCUGGGUUCUUGAUGUGCUGGCGCAAUGAAGUUCGCUGGAAUAUCAAUGCAGACGACAACCCGAAGCAGUUUAUGACAGUAGACAGUGGAGAGUACGUGCUGGCUGUGCCUGACUACAGUCACCAAGUACGUGAAUCCGCCAGAAGACGAAUAGAGGAUGGCAGUCAUUUAGCCGAGGACAAUUUACGGCAAGCAACCGCGUUCAAGAAAGUGAUUAUGAAGCUUUCCGGCAAGGUUCAGUGGCUAGCUGGCCUCGUCUUUGAGAAGGAGAUUGAAAAUGGACACCGCAGCUUCGAUUUCAUCCCGCACUACAAUGUGGUUCUGAAGAACCCUCAUUUUGCGCACAGCGAAGGGAAUCUUCCUUAUGACGCUUUCCGCGGCUUCAGGAGUCGUCACAUCCACCUCUCAAUUGCUGUGCGCGCCCCUGUCGACCGCGAAUGGAUGUCCUCGAACCCCGUGCCGUCGCGAAGCUAUAACACCAUCCAUCUAUCGCCACGUUUCUUCACUCACUUCUUCACUUGGUGGGGUCUCUUCAGUCAACCCAUGUCUCUUCCCAUUCGGCAAGGUAAUCUCUUCCCUGGCCGAGAAAAGAGCAGCAAAAAGUUUGGCAGGCAUUUGGCCACAGUCAAGUAUAGCAUCUUGCUUGCGCCGCUGUUCUUGAGCCAUAUCUACAAGCACAAAGACGCAGAGGACUACGCACAGAAUGAGGCUGUUUCCGCUACAGGCUUGAAGGUCCGCUUUGACAGUUUCAUGCUUGAUUUACAUCAGCGCCGAGAAGAAUUCAACACUCUGGCGAAGACAAAGAACUCUCCUAGCAGGACGUCGGGGAUCAAAAUUCACGCUGGCCACCUUGAUCUCGCAGCUGCGGAUAUCCGCGCAGUAUCAGCAAGCUUGAAGGGCACAGCGACUGAAGCGAUUCAGAAGGGCUCCAUCUCAUCCCUGAUUACAGACCAGGAUGACAAGCCUGAUUUGUCGCACUUCACCAUCCCUGACGAUGACCUGAGUUGGAUCGACAUGGAUGAUUUUGUUGAGCUAGACUGGAUCUUGCCAACAGAGGCUCACCCUGACACGAAAAUUCUUCCGCUGGCAUAUGCCCCUAGAUUUACAUACUUCCGCCAGACGGAUAUCGGGGGAGUCAUCUCAGGCGACCCAACCCGAACAAGCCCAUUUGGAAACGAACCAACUCACUUCUGUUUGCUGAGCCAAGAAGAUGACAACAAAAAGGUUCAAAUGGAGCUGAUCCAGGAGCGGCUUGACCAGUUGGAAAUCCAGAUGUCGUCUCAUUCACGCAAUGUUGGCGAGGCCGAGUUGAAGCUCGUGCAGGCUACUACCAAGGACAGCACCCUUGUAGACGAUCUUGAGGCUCUGAAACGACACUCUAGCGUUCUCAAAGAUAAGAAGGCAUUUUUAGAGAACAUGUUUGAGCAAGUUAGGGCCAAGUCUUGCAACAGCAGAAGUCGCAUGUUUUCUUCCUCAGCAGCUCGUGACCCGUCGCCAGAUGGAUCUAGCAGCGAAGAAGUCAUGGACAUCCCUCCUACUUCACAUUUCGAGAGUGAAUUCAACAAUCGGUUUGUCAUUCAUAAUAUGCAGCUCAAGUGGAACAACUUGCUCCGAAAUAUUGUGCUGCGCUACAUUCACCAAAGCAGUCAGAGACGAGGUUUUGUGUACUACCUUUCGCGGCGUGCGAUCAGGUUCAUUUUGGAUAUGGUGGAUGAGCAGAACAAGACGAAGACGACUCAACCCAACAAGUCGCAGGCUACGCCGGCUGCCAGCUCGGCUACAGACACACCCAACGUCGGAAAGAAAGCCCCCCAAGACUUGGAGGACCGCAUUCGAAGCAUCUUGGAAGAUGGGCGAAGAUUUUCUACUACUUCCCAUUUUCUCCCGAACGAAGAUGGAUCCAUUAGCGGCACCAUUGAAGACCUCGAGUGUGGCAUUUCCAAGGACUUUAGCCCACAGAACAGCUACCAUGUGCGGCUUAUCGCGCCUCAGAUUCAGCUGCAGAGUGAGAAGAACAAGAAGCAUGUGGUUCUCAUCACUGCCAAGGGCAUGGAACUCAAAGUCGUCGAAAUCAUGGAUAAAGAUCGCAUCUCCGACACUGUCAGCGGUCUGGUUCAACGCCGAUUCCUCGUCAAUAUGGACAGCACUCAAUUCUUUGUCACCCAUCAAAAGUGGUUCCAAACUCAUCUAGUGUCUAUGUAUGCUGGAAGCAGAUAUGGCACACCUGGGGGCUCGGCUUGGCCGCCAUGGGUACCCAUGGAGAUCAUGUUCGACUUCCAGGCGGAUCCCUUUGGUUUCAAGCGUGUUGUCCAGAAGACAUCCGCAAUGCUUCGAUUUGACAAAUACAACACGCUUCGUUUGAAGUACAAUUCCGAGGUCAAUACGGAAGAGGCUGGUGACUCAGAUGAGCAAGUUACGGAGUCCAGGACAGACAAUCUUUGGGUUGAGUUCCCUCAAGUCCGGGCCCUGUGCAAUUCUUCACAGUACUAUGCGAUGUACGUUAUUGUCCUCGACUUGCUCAUGUACAGCGAACCGCUUGAGAAGACAAGAAGUGAGCGUUUGGAGAAGAUCAUGCUGGCAUCCGACUUUAGCGAUCUCAGCGGGGCACCUGCAAUGGUGAUGAAAUUGCAGGAGAGGAUCAAGCAGCUUGAAGAGAUUAAGAUGCACUUCCAAGUGUACUCCAAGUACUUGGACAAACGAGGCUGGGAAGAGCGCUUAUACCUGGAGCGUGAUUUGGCUUCUUGUGAGGACGAGUUGUUCUUCCUGAUGAAGGCAAUCACCACGUCGCAGCGCAAAUACGAUGUGAAUGCGGAAUCAACGCCGUUGGUUAAGUGGAGCAUUGCAGCUCGUGAAAUUGUGUGGCACCUCAUCCAGAAUACCAGUGAGCCGCUCGUGGAGAUGCAGCUCAAGGACGUCGAGUACGACCGCACUGACAACUCGGACGGCUCUCACAUGAACCUCAUUCGUGUCAAAAAGAUUCUUGGAUUGAACCUACUCAAGGACGCAACGUAUCCGGAGAUUAUCGCGCCGUAUGUCGAUGGCGAGAAGGUCAAACUCAAGGAUCGUGACAACACGGACAUGAUUCGUGUGUACUGGCACAUGCUGGAGGCCAUUGCGGGUAUCCCGGUGAUGGAUAGUUUCGAAGUGAAUCUGCAUCCAAUGAAGGUUCAACUGGAGCGCGAGGCUGGGCAACGCCUGUUUGAGUACAUUUUCCCCGGUAUGGACGGUGAAAAAUCCUCUGGAGGCAAACAUGACACCCCAGCUAUUAUCAAGACCGAGGCCGACGACGACGAUACGGAGUCGCUGGCAAGCUCAACCAGCAGGCUAGGAACACCUGGUGGAUUGACUGCGGAUAAGGAAUCCAGCUUUUCAACGCGCCCUGGGUCCUUGGAACUGCGACUUCGUCCUACGUUGUCUUCUCUCGGACCAGAGAAAGACCCAAGCCCUAACAAGGCGAUGAGUGUUCACUCUACCGAGAGCCAGAGCGGGUUCCGGCUAUUUCGGUCCAGCGGUACCGGCAGGACACUUGCUAAGAAGUCAUCGCAUGAUUCACUAAGAUCCGGACGUCCUGGUGCGCUCGGUCGAACUGCAACGGGCUUCUCCACCAAGGACAGCCGCGAGUCGGAAAGCAAAAAGUCAUCGCGUUUCAACAAGAGCAAGAAGACUGAUGAGAAGCAAUCUGACGACCUGACCAAGAUGAUGGAUCGCGCUAGCAACUACAUGACUUUUGCACACAUCAAGAUGCCAUCGGUUGUGCUCUGCCUGAGCUACAAAGGCAAAGACCAACGCAACUUUGAAGACGUUCAUGAUUUUGUAUUCCGACUUCCGACCAUAGAGUGGCAGAACAAGACGUGGUCGAACCUGGAUCUGGCGCUCGCGCUGAAGAAGGCGGUCAUGAAGGCUCUCAUCUCGCAUACGGGGGCCAUCAUCGGCAACAAGUUCUCCAAGCACAGGCCCAAUGCUGAGCAGAGAAGCAAGCUUCGCGAAAUGGCGAACAGCUCGGUUCUGAUUGCCCCCAUCAACACGAGCGGAGCGGCCUCGACUUACGCUGGCAGCAUCAACGACAGCGACGACUCCUCCAGCCUAUACGGCGCGUCGCCGGUAGACUAUUCACGAUCGCCGCCGCAGUCGCGGGGUAGCGCGCAUAGUAACGUGAUGCCGUUCCCGCGCUCGGAAAGCCGCAGCAGUAGCAUCAGCGGCAUCAGCAACACGAACGGCGGUUCCGGGCAGGCGGGUGGGGGAAGCAUACCCGCGUUUCUGACCAUGACGCCGCCGACGCCGGUGGAUGGGAAGAGUACAGAAGCGGGGGGUUUCGGGCUCGGAAUCGAACAUCUUCGUCCGUCUUCCAGUGGUGGUGUGGCAGGCUCCUCACACCGUCGGUUACUUAGGAACAUACCGCCGGGCGACAGCCGGCCGGCCACCAGCGCGAGCAACAUGAGCAGCAGUCACGCAGAGAGCUCGUCGCAAUCUGGCGAGGGGCGCCGUAAAAGUGGCGGCGGCGGCUUUAAGCUUAACCUGUUUGGACGCAAGAGCCAUAGGGAGAGCUCAGGCAAGACGGAGGACGACGAGUCAGGCGACGACGAGAAGAGCCUACGGGGCAAGCGGUUGACUUGGGCCCAAAGUCGGACCAAGACGGGCUAA